GUCAGAUAUUAAUGCAGCACAAACCAUGCAUAAUUCCAAAAUCACGGUGAUCGUAUAGCUUGUUGCACCUCUACUUCACCUGUUUCCAGGUGAGCGAGCCGCGUGGCGAUGCCCCCCCUAGUGGACGCAGGAGGUGGCCACACUCUUCAGAGGCGGGCCGGAGCGAAGGAAUUCACUCAGAAAUAAAAGCAGGAAGCGGAGAAAAAGGCACACGGACGUCGGCCGGACAAGUUGCCGACGAUCUCUCUUGUUUCGGCUUGUUCGGGGCUAGUGGUUGUUUCCCGAUUUGGCUUUUCUGACGGAUCUGUUGUAACUUUUGGAUUUAAAAACAUGGAGUCUAACAUGGAGCAGGGUGAAGCGCCUGUGCAGCAGGACCGUGUCAAAACCCUGCAGUCUCAGGUGGAAGGGGUCAAAGACAUCAUGACCCAGAACGUAGACCGCAUCCUGGCCCGGGGAGAGCGUCUGGACGAUCUGAUGGGCAAGACCGAGGACCUGCAGGCUGGGGCGCAGAACUUCAAGCACACCUCACAGAAGGUGGCGCGGUCCUACUGGUGGAAGAACGUGAAGUUGGGGGUGCUGAUCGCGGUCAUUGUCGUCAUCAUCAUCCUCAUCAUCGUACUACUGGCCACCGGGGUUAUCCCAACAGGCGGAAGCAAACCAUAACUGCUCCCUCACACCAGAGCUUACAGAGAAAACCUCACACACACACACACACACACACACACACACACACACACACGUGUACAUUACGUCGGUGUGGCCCUGGAUCUCGAGGUCUGCUAGUUAGAUUUAAGCAUUUCAGACCAGUCAAAGCUGGCCACCGCCCACCUCAAACAUCUUAAUAAAAACAGGACUGAGCGCCGGAACCUUCUUCCCCCUCCCCAUCUCCCCAUUUCCAGGCCUGAUUCAUUUAUGGAGUGAAUGAGGUCUGAGGUUCUAUGAUCUGUACUGUGUGCUGGAGGCUGUAAUUGUUCACAUGAAUAUGCAUUAUAAAAAGAGAGGGGAUUUAAAUUGCUACUGCAAGGCUUGGAUAAGCUGUUAUCGCUGUAAUGUGUAAAUUAUUGUCACGUUGGUAUAUCUGUUAUUUGUAUGUUUUUAUAGCACAGAUAAUCUCUUUAUUCGUGAGUUGUGAGGGUUAUUUUCCCUGUGCUUUUUGAGGCUCUCCAUGGGGAGAAACACAAUUUUACAAUUAUCCUUAAUUCUGGUGCCAUCCUUUAGGUCUUAAGCGAAUCCUGGACUAGUGAGUGUCUCUGGGCUGCUACCAGAGGGCCCAGUUUGAUAAUGGGACACAAACCGGGUCAUGGGGAUAAUGUAGCUUGUUUCAGCUUGUUUAUUUGUGGGGACCAAACCGACCCCCGACAUCUUUGGCAUGUUUGCGCCGUUCCCGUCAAUCUGUCUGCCACACUCGGUCAUUCCGUCCGGCGACUAAAGGGUGUUACCAGUGUAACAGAACCCGGACUGUCUGUGUAAACCAGUUAAUGAGUCAAAUUAGUGAAAUGGCUUUAUGUCAGUCAAAUAAAUUGACUUGUUUCCUGCUGACCGCUGUAUAUGUGUAAACAUUUUAAAUUUUACCCGAGGAGCCUUAAGAUAUGUAUAUUGUGUGUGUGUGUGUGUGUGUGUGUAUAUGUAUGUGUGUGUAUAUAUUACAUGCAGACAAAUGUUAAACAUAAUAAGGUUAAAAGUGAUAUUUUCCAAAAAAUUUAUAGCACAUGUAAAUGUACUUUUAUUGGCUUUGUGGAUUAAUUCAUAAACAUUGGAUUUUAAAUACCCUACUUCACCUAUAUUUAUAUAUAGUUUAGUCAUUUUGGUAACUUGUCUUUUAUUAUAGUCUGAGAUGCAGAUGCCUGUAUAACUAGCCCUGCAAUACAGCCCUGCUGUGGAAAGUUUCUGAACUGGAACAUAUCGCACCCUGUAGGCAGGGAGGACUAAAAAUUUGCGCAGUAGAUACAUUGAUUGUUUUUAGAUGCUCUUUCCUUUGCUGGUGGGGGGACAGCAGCCUUGGUCUUGCUUGUUAGUCAUAUGGUCCAUGGAUGAGCAGUUUACUUCAGCUGUAGCCUGUUUCACCUGCACUGGGGCUGUGUGUACAUCCACCAUACAGCCUUGUGGGACGGGAAAGCAGGAGUGAGUGUACACCUCCUCUGCUGUUACUAACCCUAACCCUCAUGUUGUAUAUAUGAUUAUGUUUGUAACAUUUGUAAACAGACAACCGUUGAGUUCUUCCUCAUCGUGUUCAUGUCAUGCCUUGGUUACAGAACCCUUAAUUAUUGUUUUCCAGGAAAGAUCAGCCUCUCCCUGCUGUGAAGAAGCAGGGUGUGCAGAGGGUUAUCGCUCUGUCCCGACUUUCCCGUUACGCAGUCCUGCAGUCAGGACUCAUACUUUCCAUUAACCACCCAUAAAACAUUUAAAGUGUUACAUACUUGUGAUUUUCUGCAUCUGUUCUGCCCUUGAAGAUCAUGCCUUUCCUUCCCUUUAACCAGUGGAGAGCCGCUUGUGACGCUGAUCAUGCUGCCGUUCUCUGACAGCUGUCGCUCAGCCCCCCUGCCUGCAAGCAGGUUUCAGCAAAGCGGGGGAUGAACUUUCUGAACUUUGGAUGUGGCUGCUUCUGGGAUAUCGGGCCAGUUGAUAUAUGUUAUGCUGCUUAUAGAGCACGUGAAUGGAAAUGGCUGAUAUUAUCUCUUAUGUUACAAUAAACAGCUCCUGCUAAUUCAAUCAG